GAAAGGCUUGUGCUUUCCCCACAUGACAACAUGCGGCCACUACUACUACCAGACGUGUUGAGACACACAGCUGAUCUGGAUCUCAGUGUUUCAGUCCCUGUUUCUGUCUGUGGUGUUUCGUCGCUGUUGAGGAUGGACUGCGAGAAUUUCAGCUUUUCAGUAUCAGCUGAAAAAACUCUCUUUUUAUUCAUCUUUUUGUUGCUGUUCGGCGAAACGCUUGCAGAAGGUCAGUCUCGAGUGGUCGGGUCGACUCGCGCGAUCGUAGCGUCUCCAGGUGAGGACGUCAUCCUGCCGUGUCACGUGGAGCCAUCGGUCAACGUGGUCAGCUUUACAGUUGAAUGGUCCAAGAAGGACCUCCACCCUGACCGGAACAGAUAUGUCCACCUCUACCGAAAUUACCAGGAAGUCCCAAAUAUAAAGAUUUCGUCGUACGAAAAGAGGACAGAACUUUUCACAGAGGAUCUAAGACGAGGAAACAUAUCGCUAAAGAUUCUUAAUGUAACUCUGGAGGACGAGGGGAUGUACAGAUGUUACCUCCCUAAGUUGAGGAGCAGGACGCGGUUUUCAAUCGUGCAGCUUGUCGUUGGCCCACACUCUCUUAAAACAACAGAGACGCCACUUCAACUCACAAGUCUUCACACUCCUGAUCUACAAGGAGAACGAAAUAUUACAGGUGGUUUACCCAGGCACAGAAUAAUCCCAGCUUGUGUUGUCUUCCUCCUCCUCCUGGUCAUGGGACUUGGAGUCACAGGAUACUUAAAGUGUAACGAGGAAAAGUUCUUACAAUCAAAGUGUUUUGCUUGGCGGCCAUUGGUUGGGAAGAGUGAGGACAGCACUGAGAGCCCACAACUGGGUCCUUUUUGUCUAGUGCAAGGGAUCCCAAACUUUUCAGCCCGCGACCCAGAAAAUAUAGGUUCCGAAAGACUUGUGAUCCCUACUGUCUCUCAAAGUGGUUAAAUGUUGCUUCAUACUUCAGAAUGAGUUCGCCUACAUGCACAUGUGUCUGUGUUUCCUGUGCUGCUGUGAAUUAACCUGCUGU